AUGGGUGUGACCUGGACCAGCAAGUUCUCGCUCUUGGAAGCGCUGCCCGCGUCAAAGGCCACAUCACUUUUAGGUGCGAUCUCUUCCGCCAUCACACGCAGUCAAGUCAGACGCAACACCAGGCAACAACAAGACGACAUAGCAGCGGCUGAAACACGAGCGCCACACGGAAACCAAGGCGGCGGCGAGAGGUGUGACGGCGCUGGAUCGUCCGACGGCGGAAAAGAGAGACACCCACGGCAGCGGAAACUUCAGAAGGCAACCGGCGGCGGCGCUGGAUCGUUCGACAGCGGCUGCGCGGAAACUGGCGGCGGCGGCGGCGCUGGAUCGUCCGACAGUGCCUGCGCGGAAACUGGCGGCGCAGGAAACCCCAACGGCGGCCGAAAAAACUCCAAAGGCGGCAGCGGCACAGGGACGACGACGGAAACACGAGAUGCAAACGAACGAUCUCACCAACCAGGCUCUGAUACCAUGUAG